AUGUCACAAAAAUUAAAAACCAGCCAGCAUGCACUUCACAACUUUCUGCCUGAACUUCAACUUAUAAUCGUGCGCUAUUUAGACUUCUGGGACAAAGCUGCGCUGAUUGAAAGCACAGUAUUGGCACUAGAAGUUGUUGUUGGAACAGAAAAUUUGAGCGACUACGAUAAGGAUGGCAAUACCCUUCUGCAUAUCGCGGUCAAACAAAAUUAUAAAAGAACAACAGAGUUGCUAGUUUCUGCUGGUGCACAAAUCAGUGCAAAAAGCGAGGUGCCACAAGACCACACAGCAACUCCAUUGGCACUCGCUUCAGAACAAGGGAACUUGAAUAUAGUUAAGAUACUCGUGAACAGUGGCGCAAGUAUCGAUGAGUGGAACUACAGCGGGGUAUAUCCACUUCAUCACGCCUCAGAAAACGGGCACACAAGCAUAGUUCAGCUUCUUCUGGAAUUAGGGGCCACGCAAAAGCAUAGCUAUGAUUUGGGGACUCCACUUCAUCUCGCCGCCAGCAACGGACACGCAGAUGUGGUACAACAACUGCUAACCUAUGGCGCGGAAAUAGCACCGUUACGCAGAGGAGUAACAGCCCUUUGGCUUGCUGUGGCGAAUGGUCAUCUUAAUUGUGUCAGAAUUCUUCUAGGGGCAGGAGCAGCCGAAACCGAGCCUCCUCGUUCUGCCUUAGAAUGGUCUCUACUGCAUCUGGCUGUUGGAGGACCCUACUUCUCACAAGCUAUUGGCAUGGCCUACGAACAGAGUAUCAAAGAAAUUUUACGUUUUCAAGUUCCAACUUGGAAAGGAGGGGAAAAGGAAUCCUGGGCUGGAAUCAUACGUCUCCUUAUUACAUCAGGUGCUAAUGUUUCUGAAGAACUUGAAUCAGUUACUCCACUGCACCUUGCUGUUCUUGUCGGCAAUUAUACUGCUGUGGAGUUUUUGCUAAAUGCUGGAGCUGAUAUUUAUUCAAGAAAUAAAUACGGACGCUCGGCGCUUAUGUUUGCCGGUUUGUUGGGCUUCGAAGAUAUUGGCUCUCUGCUGUCAAAGGCAAAGAAAGCAAGGCCAAAUGAGAAGAAACCAGUGAUAGGACCUAAACCGAAAUUAACCAUCAAGAUGUGA